AUGUCCAGCCCGGAAGGUUUCGCUGCUGUGUUUUACAGUGAGCCAGGUGUCUUGGGGCUUCUAGCCAAUGUGAUCAGUGCCUUCCUUGUUGCUCUGCAGAACUUUGCUCAAGUCAAUACAGAUGUUAUGGCCAAUGGAAUUGAAAACAUUUUGGCAGGUGUUCAUCUUGUCCUGAUUGGUGGAGUGACACAAUUUUUAGCUGGCUUAAUGGCCUUCAGAAAGUAUGACCAUCUCGGUGGUACAGCCUUUGUAUCAUUCUCAGCUUUGUGGAGCAGCUUUGGGGCAACCCGGAUUAUUCUGGGAGCCUACUCCCCCCAGAAUGUGACAGUUGUCACUUUGCAUCCAAAUAAGAGCAGUGUAGCAACAAAUAAUCUAACCGAGGCCCUGCCCCAAAUUAGUGAGUCAGCUGUCGCUGGACUGGUAGCCUACAUCAGUGUUGCAUUUAUUUUGUCCUUUUGUUCUGCCACAACUAAUUACAUCAUGCCCUUUGUGUUUGGAGCCAUUACAGUUACACUCAUUUUUGAGGCUGUAGGUCUCUUUAGCCAAUGGGCAUUAAUAGUAUCCGGAAUUUUUGAACUAGUGAUAGUUGCCUUUGGGCUUUACGGAGCCACUGCCUUACUUUUAAAGGGAGUCACACAGAGAUACAUCCUUCCUGGGUUUGGCAAUGCGUUAUUUAAUGUUCUACUUCUGGGAACAAAUAACAAAUCUUCUUCUAAGAGUAUUGGUGAGGAGAAGAAGAAGAAUACCAAAUAUGCUGAGCCAAUGGCUCUUGGCAACUUAUGUAGUGUGAUUUCUCCCUUUAUUUUUGCUUUUUACUGCUUUGGGUACAUGAAAACAUUUUACGUGGGAGCAGUAUGGGUCAGUAUCAAUUCGAUUGCUCAGAUCUAUGCUAGUUAUUGCAGUUACCUGCGCAAUGAUGUCUACUUUACCACAAAAUUUGGUGUCCAUAGUAUGUACUGGCUUGUGAAGUCUUGGGAGGAGUUUAUUCUAUCAGCUCUGGGCAAUGUUGAUAUAUUAAAUUUCAGCAGAGCCAGAAUGACAGGGGAUUGGUUUUUUUUAGUCACUGCAUUGAUUUUAUGCCUGAUGUCUCUGAAUAGAAGCAAACUUGAAAACAUCGAUAAUGGCUUCUUUUUUCUUCUCACCAUUUCCACCAUUCCCCAGAUUGCCAAUGUACCAUAUUAUAGAUUUUUUGGGGCAGUUUGUUCUAUGUACACAGCCUUAUCCCUUUAUGUAACCUUUGCCAGCUUAGUCAACUCAAUAGCAGAAAAGGCAUUGAUUCCCACUGGAACCCAGCUCCUCUCUUCUAAAACAACUCAAGCUAUUCUAUUUGCCAUGAAAAAAUGGUUCACCAAAGCAGAGGAGCUUCCACCCUCUACUACCGUACAGCUUCCAGAUGCUCUGUUCUACAUCUGCAAUGGACUAGCAGCCCUGUCUGCAAUUCAAGGUGCAAAUUUAGACCUGCUCCAACUUCACCUUACUGUUCCCUGGGUGCUGAUCCCUGGGGCACUCUUCCAAAUCUACGUAUCCAGGAUUCAAGUUCGAGGAGGCAGGCGCUUUGGCUCUGUGCUACCCUUUUGCUACGCAGCUGUCUGGGCAACCUGGACCUGGCUUAGAUUUGCAGGUCAGCUGCUGAAUAUCAACCUUCACACUAAUGGUGCUUUCACGGCAGGGGCAAUUGCUUUCCUUAUAGUCAACAUGUUUCUUGUUGUCUUAGCUGCUUAUAUUAAUAUAGUGUUGCUGGUAACUACUGUGAUCAUGGAAGUGAUAAUCAUCUGCUUUUUACUCUUCACCUUGCAGAAGUUGCCUCUUCCUUUAGAAGGUGUGAUGUUGGCUUUGUUUGGUUUAGCCUGUGUUUAUGGAGCAGCUGCCUCGUUCGCUAAUCACCUCUUUGGGAAACAGCUAAUUCCACUUGGUGGUCCCCUCUUCAAGGCAAAUGCUCCAGGCAAAAACAGAAAGAAAGAUGAAAACCCUUUACCUUGCCUCACCACCUCUUCACGUUUGACGAGUGGUCUACGAACGAUUGCAAAGAUCUUGGACUCUGGCCGUGUGUGUGGAAUUCCAACUGAUACAGUGUACGCUCUGGCAGCUUCCUGUCAACAUCCAGAGGCUGUUGAAAGCAUCUACAACAUAAAAGAACGUCCUGCAGAAAAACCAAUCUGUAUCUGUAUCUCCAGCCUGGACCAGCUCACUGCAGUACAUCCACCAUUCAGCCCUUUGCUCUGGGAGUUCAUGAACCAAGUCUACCCCGGAGGCAUCAGUUGCAUUGUAAAGAAAGGAGAGUGGCUGAAAAAACUUGGUGUUGGUGCUGCCUACGAUCGUGUCGGCACAAAGGACAGCAUCAUGAUCCGUGUUCCUGACCACACUGUGACAGCUCAUCUAGUGAAUAUGACCGGGCCACUGGCUAUUACUUCAGCCAACCCAAGUGGAGAAUCUGACAGCAUCCAUCAUGACAUGGUUAUCACGCGUCUUGGACACAAAAUUGAUGGUGUUUUAUGUGAUGGAACUUCCAAUGAGUUAGUUGCUUCUACUGUAAUCAACUGCACCAAGAUUGAUCAAGAGGGAAUCACCAUUUUAAGAGAAGGCUGUGUUCCAGCUGCAAGAGUCUUACAGAUUUUUGAGCAAGUGAAGAAUAAACUUGAUUAGUGGCAACUUCAACCAACAGAAAAUUUCAGAACAGACAACAGAGCAAGAUUCAAAGAUUAGCUGUGUUUGGUUAUUAAAUGCAAACAAUAAAUCUGUUACAUAUAAGGUUAAUUUUCUAUUUCUUUGACAAAUAUGUCAAUAAGCCUAUCAGGGUUGCUUUUCAGCACAGAGUCUAUUGAUAACUAAAAUUUUCUAUAUUUUAUCAGUUAUGUGUUUGCCAAAUAAAAGCAUGUUCUUAUGCAGGGAUACUGAAAUCUGAGUUGAAGCUCACAUUAAGUAGUUGAUAACUGUGAUUAUUUAAUUAAGUGUUAAUUCUACCAUUCUAAUGUUCUAAAGGGAGAGACAAAAUCAGAUACAAAUAGCAGUAAUACUUCAGCCUUUAAGAAUGUAACCACUGAAUUCAUAAACUGAAGAUUUGAAACUGUAUCUUGAAUUGGGAGAUGUAGCUACAGUGAACAUUUGGACCUUACUGCAUAAUUCAACUUGAUCAUCUGUCAAAAAUAAUGAAGUGAAAUUACAGAUGCUCAAAAUCUGGCAUAAAUGCUGUCAACAUUAUUCAAAUAAUAACCUGUACACUCACCCCCUUCCGUUGGUCCCAGGUCACUACCGGAAAAUCUACCUCUAUUUAAUCUGUCCACUCAUAUGCCAAGUUAUACGUGUACUUAUAAAUUAAUCCCAAUCACUCACAUUCUUUGCUACCGUGGUGAUGAAACCAUCAUAUGCUAACAUAAAUUUUAAUAGAAAUCAACAAAUCUGUAAUACAAAUAUCAAAAUUUUAAGGAAAAUUUGCAACUUGUUUCAAUUCAAAUCAGAAUUGGAACUCACAUGAUUUUAUUUAUUUCAUAAAUUAACAUUAGUAUACUAUUUUAAAAUGGCUGAGUAAUUGCAGUCAGUUACAGUGAAUGAUAUUCAAAUGAUAAUAAAAAUUGGUUUUAAAUGGAAUAACAGAGAUAGGUCGCUGUGAUUAGAGUCUGGACAUGCCUUUGCAUUAUUUUACAUUGCAUUCAUGGAAGUAGUUUGAAAUUUUAACAAUAUAUAUUUCAGAUAUGUUAAGCUUUAUUCUGAAAUGACAGAAAAUUAAAUGGCUUAGAAAUGGCAUGCUGAUGCAGAAUGGAGUGCUGUUGUCUCAUAGCUCCAGUGACUCAGGUUCAAUCCUGAUCUCUGAUGCUGUCAAUGUGGAGUUUGCAUGUUCUUUCCCUUCUGUGUUCUGGUUUCCUCCCUCAGCCUGAAAAUGGGCCAGUUGGUUGCUUAAUUGAUACUGCAAAGCACCCCUAAUUUACUGAAGUGAUAGGAGAAUUAGUGGAGAGUUGGUAAGCAUUUGUGAAAGAAUAGGUUGCAGGGAAAUAGGACUGGUAUGUUUUUCUGUCACUUGAUGGGCCCAAAAUUCUAUUGUCCUUCUAUGUCUUAAUGUAAUUUAAAAUCAUUUUUAAAAAAGGGAAACAUGAUGCUAAUGUUCUACAAUUGGACAUCAUAUUUCUUACCUGAGCUGGGACUACAAUGAUCUUUCUAUUGUAAUAUGUUGCCAUGGGAUUUAAUGGUAAUUGUGUUUGAAACAGAGUAGGUUGAAUAAUAACUUCCAGGAGGGAAUUGCAUUUAUACUUGAAAAGGAGAAAUAAACGGGGCAAGAGUAGGAGUGAGGGCACUUUCACAGUUCCAGUGAAAGCACAGCUUGCUCUGCAGCAAGAAGCAGUGGCUGUAUCGACAGAUGGUACUGAAUGUUAAUUUAUUUACAUUCUAGCUAUUUUGUAUAUGAUCGAAACAUAAUGGUUUGCUUGAACACCAUAUUAAGAAUUAGUAUUUGGAGAUACAAUGUUCACUAGUCAUUGCCUCAUAUUUAUUAUUGGCUCUGAUGUGCCUUUAUUUUUAAUGAAAAUAGUUGUCUAGAAAUUCAUCCUGAUACAUGGACUGGACAGAAGCAAAACUCACAUUUGAUUGUUUACUGCAAAUUGGUUCCAUUGGCAUCAGUGAAAAACAAGUUUGAAAUGGAAUAGUCCGUAAUGCUAUUGACCAGGAUGGAUUUCUAGGCAAAUAUCCAGAUUUUAAAUAGAAAAUACUAUGAUUACUGGAAAAUGAAGGAUUCAUA